AUGGAUCGUGAGCCAUCUGAGAGUGUUUCCAGCGUAUCUGGGGAGACAAAACAGGUGAACACAAAUGACAUUAUAGAGGUUGCAGACCAGAAUAAUAUAGAGAAUAACAAAUACAAAAUCAAUACCAAUUUCAAUCAUGAUGUCUAUACUGCGAGCAAAGACGAAGAUAAUGAAGCUUCGGGAGGUCCCUCGUGGAUGCCGUCCAUUUUGAAAGAUCACAGCUGGCCCGAUAGUACAGGGAAUAGUCAAUCUGUAGGUGAUGCUGCUGACGGUAAUGCAUCUGACAACCAAGAUCAAGCAGUGAAGGUGGAUUUAAAUAACCCUCUGUUAAGCUUAAAAGACACAGUAUUGUGGAACCAGGAUUCACAUGCCCGCAACGACGCAGACUGGAAGAAAUAUCAAGCACUGGAAUUCGAACUGAACAAUAAGAGGUUGAAAAAUCUACCAAAUACACAAUCUUCGAUACCAAAUACAUUUGCAAACAAGUUUAAUAAGAAGCAUGGAAAUAUCAAUCGUAAGAACAACAAUGACAAUGACUUAGCUGAUGGGCAUAUGGAGUCGCCGUUUAAACUGUUUGAUGUGGAGCAGGAUACAUAUACAAAGUUGAAGAUGAACAACAUAUUAAGUAAUCUAUCUCCACAGAAGCAGCAUAGUGAAAAUGUGCCUAAUGUUAUAAAGGAGAGUGACGAAUUGUACAAUAAGAUAGUCACUGGUGGUUCCGGAGACGGUAGUGUGCUAAAGAAAACAGUGAAUGCGUCAUACUAUGACCGCUUACGUGAUGACAUUACAUCUGAUGCGGAAGAAUUCAGUUCGUUCCCUUCAACAGCAAGGAAGAUGAUGUACCAAGGCGAUAAACUCUUUAAAAAUAUCCAAGAAGGAUACGAAAAACUCCCUCCUAUAAGUACCCAAUCAGACUACACUUCUACUGAAGAACGUGAAGACAGCUCCAGGGGAGUUGAUUAUCCACAUAAUAAUAACAGCUAUAUCAAUAAAAAGAAUAGCGAGGUAGAAGAGGGAAAUGAUGUUGAUAGUGAUGUUGAUAAAUUGAGAGAGCAUUUGGGCACCCAGGCGGAGGCAUUCAACGCAGAGUUCCAAGUCAGUUCGCCGAAAUUGCAAGACAAGUUCAUUUUGGAAAGCAACGAGGCCCCUCACAAGGGUUUACAUUUUAUACCUGCUGAUGAGUAUAAAAAUAAAGUGUACGAUAAGCGGCUAAAAAGAUUUGUCUCUCAAUCCCAGCUUGCUGAUAGUUCAUAUACUGAUACUGAACUAGGGUACCUUGAUAAUUUAUCAACAUCUGAUAUUGAUGCAACCAGUCAUAGUGUGCGACGUACACCAAGAGAAGAUUCGAAAGACAACACGCCAAGACAUGACGCAUCGGAAAAUGAUACCUUAGAUGAAACCCAAUUUUCAGUUUCUGAUAAACAUCUAGUCGAAGUUAUCAGCCAAUCAUUUCCUAUAGAGGAUUGGGGGUCCAUUGAAGAACUAGACAUCAGUGGAUACGAUUUGAAGCAACUGCAGAAUUUGGAUAAAAUGACCCCUAAUAUAUGGUACUUAGAUGCCAGUAAUAAUUUAGUCAACCAAAACUUUGGCAUACCCAACAGCGUCCAGUAUUUGAAUUUGUGUAACAACAAGUUCAACAAUUUAAGCAGUAAAUUCUACCAGUUUACUAAUUUACAAAUAUUGGAUCUAAGUGGUAACGAGUUGACGGAUUUGAGGUGUUUGCAAGAUUUGAAGAAUCUAACUAGCUUGAAUUUGAAAGGAAACAAGCUGAAAGAUGUAGAGCAUCUAAGUAAUUUCAAGAUGUUGCAUUACUUGAACCUUUCAGAUAACAGGUUGAGAGCAACUAUUGAUUUUCGAGGAUAUACAAUGUGGUUUUUAGAGGAUUUGAUUUUGGAUAAUAACGAAAUUGAGAAAUUAGUAAAUAUUAGUGAGUUGCCAAAGUUGAUUAACCUAAGUGCAAAUAAUAACCAGUUGAACAAGAUUGUGUAUCAUAUUGAUGACGAGGGGGAGCCUGUUAACGAGAGCGUGUCUGCGCAUCCGACAUUGAAAAGAAUAUGCUUGAAUAACAACUGCUUUGCACGUAGUAUUGAUUUUAGUAUGUAUCCUCAGCUAAAGGAAUUACAGGUCGAUGGAAUUAAAGUCGAUGUUCACGGCUUGUCUAUGAACAUCGUUAAACUAACACAUAGGUACACAAGGGACAACAAUGAAUCGUUGCUGAAAUAUAGCUCUGCUGGGAAUAACCUACAUUCAUUAUAUCUGACAGGUGGGAAGCUCCCUGCGUUACCUAUUUGCAAGAACAAGUUUUCCAGCGUUUCAGUACUUGAUAUUUCAGCUAUGAACAUCACAGUCUUACCUGACAACUUUAGUGAGUUUUUCCCUUUACUGGUUGACCUCAACUUGAAUUUCAAUAAACUACAAACUCUGAAUGGACUACAGGGGCUAAGGCACUUAAAGAUGCUAAAGUUGCUAAGCAACAACAUCCAGAAUCUUCAAGACGUAAUAGAUUAUACCAAUGGGAUCCGCAUGUCUUUGAAAUUGAUAGAUUUGCGAGUGAAUCCGAUAUCACAAGACUUCUAUCCCUUCAUAUUCUACAACGAAAGAGAUGGCGGAGAGUAUACACCGAUGGGGGACCUUGCUACGUUCCAAUUAAAGGACAGAGAUGACAUUGAUGCGUUUGCAGUAGAGUACACACGCCUAUACUCCCCUACAGGUCUCGAGGAAUGGGUGAUGAAGAACCGCAAGCACAUGAAAAGACUCCCACCAAAGGUACGUCUUGCCCGUAGUGAGUACACUGCUCUGCUGUGUGCGUGGUUCGAAUCAGUUUUGUACAUCGAUGGUCUCCUCAUAGACGAAAUGGACAAGAGGGCACUGAUAAAUUCUCUCGUCGAGGUUUAA